AUAUACUACGCGUCAAUCUUCACGAUUCAUAGCAAUAGCAUCAAAUCAAUCACAAUCCCUAGAUUUACUCGAUAUAGUAUUAUUUGUGUGAACAAAAUAUAAUCCUCCACUGUCGGUGUGAAAUAAUCACGUUACCGCUCAAUCCUCUCUCUCUUUAUCUUCCAAAUAUCCUCAAUUUUUCCAAACUAGUCCAACAACACUUGUCCCUUCCUUUCUUUCUUCGGGUAAUUGGGUUUUCAUUCUUCAUUUUUGUUUUCUUUGAUGUAUAAGGUAAUGUUUUGAAAUUAAUCAAUUAUCACAUUAUUACAACAACUGGGUCAUUCUGAAAAUUGUAAAAGAUUACAUUUUUUCACUGUUUUUUUGUAUAUGAUCAAAUGGGUGUGUUUGAUUUGAUGUAUUUGAAUCAUAACAACAAUUGGGUCAUUUUUUGUCCCCUCCAUCUUCUCUACAAAACCCAUUUAAAAAUAUCAGGAACAGACAACCUUCGCCGGUGACCACCACGCCGGAGCUUGCAACCACCGCGCCGGGAAAGAGCUUGCAACCUGGGCUGUUGUCUUCAUCAAGAGAUGAGUUUGAGCAAUGGUAAAAACCAGUCACCAUUACCAACUAGUAAUGGUGAUGGUAAUGGAAUAGGUGCACCCUUCAAGAUCUUUGUGGGUUAUGAUCCACGUGAAGACAUUGCAUUUCAGGUAUGUCGUCAUUCAAUCAUGAAAAGGUCUUCAAUUCCUGUUGAGAUCAUACCAAUUAAGCAAUCAGAUCUGAGAAAAAGUGGUCUUUACUGGCGUGAAAGAGGUCAAUUUGAGAGCACUGAGUUUUCUUUUACAAGAUUCUUAACACCUAGUUUGGCAAAUUAUCAAGGUUGGGCUAUGUUUGUGGAUUGUGAUUUUCUUUAUUUAGCUGAUAUUAAGGAAUUGGUAGAUUUGAUUGAGGAUAAGUAUGCUAUUAUGUGUGUUCAACAUGAUUAUACUCCAAAAGAGACUACAAAGAUGGAUGGUGCUGUUCAAACUGUGUAUCCUAGAAAGAAUUGGUCUUCAAUGGUUUUGUAUAACUGUGGUCAUCCUAAGAACAAGGUUCUUACUCCUGAUGCUGUGAAUUCUCAGACUGGUGCUUUCCUUCAUAGGUUUCAAUGGCUCGAGGACGAUGAAAUUGGUUCUGUACCUUUUGUUUGGAAUUUUCUUGAAGGACAUAAUAGGGCUGUUGAGAAUGAUCCAACUACUUCACCUAAGGCUAUCCAUUAUACUCGUGGAGGGCCGUGGUUUGAGGCUUGGAAGAAUUGUGAAUUUGCUGAUCUAUGGCUGAAUGAGAUGGAAGAGUACCUUACUCAAGCCAAAAAAGAAAAAUCUGAUAAUUAGAGAUUUGAAGAUGCAUUUGGAUGUUUUAGUAUUGAUAUCUGUUUAGAGUCGGUCAAUUAUGGCUAUGUAUUAUUCUUUAUGUCAAAUUUGUUAUUCUGCUAAGUUUGUAUCUGAUGAUGCAAGUUAUGAGAAUAGGAGUAUGAAUGUUGCUAGUUCAUAUCUUAUGUAAAUGCCUUUCAUGAUGUAUUUGAUUUUUUAUUUGUUUAAUGACCUCUGGAGGCCCUGACAAGAGGUCUAAGAAUAACUUUGUAUUGAGUGUUUUAAACAACAGGGCUUUAUUGUUGCGAUUA